UAGCAUACCAAUAUGUCAGUGUCCCGAUUUUGCCAUCUGGGAAACCAUCAAAUGAGAGAAAACCAUGGGCAGACAGAGGACCUCAAAAUGACACCUAUGUCCACAGAUCAGCUAGCUUUCAGCCAUGUAAUGGCAAACAGUAUAUGAGCUUUGAUAUCCACCCUGAUUGGAUGUCUGAAAGAAUGCACAACAGCAAGACAGAAAUCAAGAACUUUAAAACUUACUGGCCCUGGGAACACAGAAACACUAGACACCUUGCAAACCGCCAAAAGCCCAAAGACCAGAGCUACUUCUUGAUCAAUCCCCAGUGGAACUCAGAAAAUGUAGGAAGACCAGUGCCCCCUAGGAAACAAUACGAGAAGUUCCAAUGGCCCGCUACCACCAAAGACCCAGAUGUUAGCGGGGUUAAGUUUCCCUCAAUUAUAGAAUGUAAUAAACCUAUUAACUAUAAUAUCACAGCAAGAGCAUACAAACUGGGGCAAGUGUACUAGGAAUCUAGAAGAGUGUACUGGAAAAGUGUAUUAGGAACAGGGUUCAGUCCUAGGACAGAGUACUAGGAGUCUGGGGUAGUGUACUUCUUGCAGUGUACUAGGGUAGUAUAUUUUUGUAUUCUGAGGAGUAAAAUAAUAUAAAACUCACACAAUAAUAUUAAAGCGUAUUGCCCCCUAAAUGACCAAUUACAAAACUGGAAUGGGAUA